AAAAUCCCCAAUUACUUUUAUUUGAUUAUUUCCAUCAUCUCCGAGCAUUAAGCCCUCGCGCCCUAAAAUUCGAUUGCAUAAUUCAGAGAUAUUGUUAUACUCUUACCUGAUUUAAAGAUUAAGGUAGAAAGUUAUGGUUGAAGAGAGAGCAGUUCAUCCGGAUUGCAGGAAUGCGUCGAAUCCGUAUCACGAAUGUAGCGAUUAUUGCUUCAAUGUUAUUGCUGAAGCGAAACUGAAAACGAAUGCAAGUGAUUCAGGAUUAGAUGCUGAUCAUCAGAAGCCAAGUGUGGUGGUGGCUGGGACAGAUCAGCAAGAAGAACAGGAUACUGGAAAUGAUGGCCCCCAGGAGCAUUCUGAUGGGGAGGCUGGCGUGAAUGAUGAGUACGCUGCUGUUGAUUUUGCUAAUCUUACAGGAAGGAAGAAGAAGUUAUUUGAACUGAGAAUGAAAAUGAAUGAGGCAAGAAAGGCCAAUCAGAUUGCCAUGGUGACUGAGAAGAAGAAAAUGGAAGCUCCAACAGAAGCUAGAGGAAUUUCCAAGCAGAAAUGGCUCGAUGAGAGGAAGAAGAAGAUUGGAAAACUUUUGGAUGCCAAUGGCCUGGAUAUGAGCAAAGCAUAUAUGCUUGAUACACAAGAGAUGGCGGAGUCGAAGUACAAAAAGUGGGAGAAGGCACCUGCCCCUGCAGGAUGGGAUGUAUUCAAUCAAAAAACUCUGUAUGAUGCUCAUAAGAAGAGGACCAAAAAAAUCGAGGUAGACCUUGAUGCCUACAACCGACUGAAAGAAGAGGAUCCAGAAUUCUAUCGAGGGGCUUCAAGUCUCCAAUAUGGAAAGACGCCACACAUAUCGGAUGAGAAGAUUGAUAAAAUGGUCAAAGAACUCACGAGCAGGGAGGACAAAUCAAGGUCCUUUAGUAGGAGGCGAAAGUAUCGCGAAGAAAAGGAUGUCGACUCGAUCAAUGAUCGCAACGAGCAUUUCAAUAAAAAGAUUGAGCGAGCCUUCGGGAAAUACACUUUGGAGAUCAAGAACAACCUCGAGAGAGGUACUGCUUUGCCCGACUAAUGUACUGGUUGAUUACCUCCCAUUUUACAUGGUGUGCUGCUUCAUUUCUAUUUCUGUAUUUGCUACUUCACCUUACUUUGAGAAAGAUGUAAAAAUAGUACUCCACUAAUAUUUUGUAUGAUGGAACUUGUUUAAAGCUACCGUUUACGUGUGCCA